UACGCCCCCCCCUGCCUUUUGCAAGGCGGGGGUAGAAAUUCCCCGCAGGGGCUGAGAGACCCUCAGCGAAGAAGCAUCCAUUGGAGCUCUGGGGAAAGCAACGAGGACAGAGACUCCGCCUUGGCCUACCUGUAUAAGCGAUAUCCCCGAAUUGGGCCUAGCGGUAUAAGGAGGGAGCGGGGGGAGACCCAGGGACGCACACAAGCAAGUUACGCCCCUGUGCCAGGAGACGGGCUUAAUGGUUACACACGUUUGAGAAAGAAAAUGGCAGCAGAACAAACCCAUCCCGCAGCCCUGUUCCAGGCUUUCUUUGGGCACAAAACGAAGAUGGGGGAGCAGAUUUUGGCUGGCCACAAAGCAGGAAGAGGCCAUGAGGACCAUGAGGCUGGGAGCAGUGGAGGAUUCUGGGAACAACCAGCGCAGAAGAAGGUCCUUGGCUCCCAGGCGGUGGCCAAGGCAGGAGGUUCACAGGACACAACACAGGAAAAGGAGGAGGUGCAGGGCGUGCUGGCCAAAGCAGCCACGGAUUUCCCCAAGGCACAGAACAUGCCGCCAGAGGCCACGCAGGUGGUCGAGGGGAUCGUACAGCCACGUGACGGAGGGGCCGCCUCCCUGGUUGAUGAGAACGAUUGCAAUAAAGAGAGAAAGAAGCAGAAAAGGAAAGGAAAAGCGAAACGGAAGUGGGAAGUCAAACCCUUUGCUCCUCAAGAAGCUGAACACCAAAAAAUGUACACAGGAGAAAGAAUAUACCCAUGCUUGGAGUGUGGGAAACAAUUCAGUCGCAACUCUGACCUUACACUGCAUCAGCAAUUCCACGAAGGCAAGAACCACAAUAAAUAUUCGGAAUAUGAAAAGAGCUUCCAUCAGACCAUUUACCUUAUAUCACAUCAAAAAAUUCUCGCUGAUAAGAAGCGCUAUGAAACGGAGUGUGGAAAAAGUUUAUUUCCUAGAAGAAGCCUUAGAUCGCAUCAAAGAAUUCACACAGGGGAAAAGCUAUAUAGAUGUUUUGCUUGCGGAAACAGUUUCAGCAGUAGCGAAAGUCUUAAAGAGCACGAAAGUAUUCACACAGGCGAGAAGCCCUAUGAAUGCUUCAAAUGUGGAAAGAGCUUCAGUCGGAGCACACACCUUAAGAGACAUCAAAGAACUCACACAGGGGAGAAGCCCUAUGAAUGCUCAGAGUGUGGAAAGAGUUUCAGCACUAGCAGUAUCCUUAAAUCACAUCUAAGAAUCCACACAGGUGAGAAGCCUUAUAAAUGCUCUGAAUGCGGAAAUUGUUUCAGUGAGAGCUAUACACUUCGUGAGCAUAAAAGAAUUCAUACGGGGGAGAAGCCAUAUGAAUGCUCUGAGUGUGGAAAGAGCUUCCACCAUAACACACUCUUUAAAAGACAUCAAAAAAUCCACACAGCUGAGGAGCCAUUUAUAUGCUCUGAAUGUGGGAAGACUUUUAAUCAUAGCGGAAACCUUAAAGCGCAUCAAAAAAUUCACUCUGGAGAGAAGCCUUAUAAAUGCUCUGAGUGUGGAAAGAGUUUUAUUGAUAGCAGAAGCCUUAAAUCACAUGAAACAAUCCACACUGGCAAGAAACCAUAUAUGUGUUCUGAGUGUGGAAAAACAUUUAGUCUCAGUAGAAGCCUUAAAAGACAUCAAAUAAUCCACACCGGAGAGAAGCCUUUUAAAUGUUCUGAGUGUGGAAAGAGUUUUGGUCUUAGUAGAAAUCUUAAAAGACAUCUAAUGAAUCACACUGGGGAGAAGCCCUAUAAAUGCUUUGUGUGUGGAAGUAGCUUCAGUGAGAGCUACACACUCCGUGAGCAUCAAAAAAUUCAUACAGGGGAGAAACCCUAUAAAUGCUCAGAGUGCGGAAAGAGUUUCAGUCGUAAAACACACUUGCAAACGCAUCAAAGAAUUCACACAGGUAUGAAGCCCUAUCAAUGCUCAGAUUGUGGGAAGAGCUUCAGUCGUAGCGCAUACCUUAAAACACAUCAAAGAAUUCACACAGGUGAGAAGCCCUAUACAUGCUCAGAAUGUGGAAAGGGUUUCAGUGCUAGCAGUAAUUUUAAAGCACAUCAAAGAAUUCACAGUGGGGAGAAGCCUUAUAAAUGCGCUGAGUGCGGGAAGAGUUUCAGUAUUCGCAGAACUCUUAUAGAACAUCAAAAAAUGCACACAGGUGAUAAGCCCGCCUUCCCACAAGAAAGAAAGAAAAUGGCAGCUGAGCAAAGCCAUCCUGCAGCCCUGUUCCAGGCGUUAUUGUGGCAGCGAGCGAAGAUGAGGGAGCAAUUUUCAUCUGGCUACAAAGCAGGGAAAGACCAUGAGGCUGGGAGCAGUGGAGGAUUCUGGGAACAACCAAUGCAGAAGAAGGUCCUUGGCUCCCAGGCGGUGGCCAAGGCAGGCGGUUCACAGGACACAACGCAGGAAAAGGAGGUGCAGGGCGUGCUGGCCAAAGCAGCCACGGAUUUCCCCAAGGCACAGAACAUGCCGCCAGAGGCCACGCAGGUGGUCGAGGGGAUCGUACAGCCGCGUGACGGAGGGGCCGCCUCCCUGGGUGAUGAGAAGGACUGCAAUAAAGAGAGGAAGCAGCAGAAAAGGAAAGGAAAAGUGAAACGGAAGUGGGAGGACAAAUCUUGUGCUCCUCAAGAAGCUGAACACCAAAAAAUUAUCACCGGAGAGAAAAUAUACCCAUGCUUGGAGUGUGGGAAACAGUUCAGUCGCAACUCAGACCUUACACUGCAUCAGCAAUUCCACGAAGGCAAGAACCACUAUAAAUAUUCAGAAUAUGAAAAGAGCUUCCAUCAGACCAUUUUCCUUAUAUCACAUCAAAAAAUUCUCGCAGACAAGAAGCGCUAUGAAACAGAGUGUGGAAAAAGUUUAAUUCCUAGAAGAAGCCUUAGAUCGCAUCAAAGACUACACAUAGGGGAAAAGCCAUAUAAAUGCUCGGAUUGCGGAAACAGUUUCAGCAGUAGCGAAACCCUUAAAGAACAUGAAAGUAUUCACACAGGCGAGAAGCCCUAUGAAUGCUUCAAUUGUGGAAAGAGUUUUAGUCAAAUAAAAAACCUUAGAGAGCAUCAAAGAAUCCAUACUAACAAAAAACGUUUUAAAUGUUUAGAGUGUGGAAAGAGCUUUCAUGGCAGCACAAACCUGAAAAUACAUCAAAGAAUUCACACAGGGGAGAAGCCCUAUAAAUGUUCUCAAUGUGAAAAGAGCUUCAGUCGUAAUGACCAGCUUAAAAAACAUCAAGUAACCCACACAGGCGUGAAGCCCUAUAAUUGCCUUGAAUGUGGAAAAAGCUUCAGUUGCAGCGCACAUCUUAAAACACAUCAAAUAACCCAUACAGGAGAGAAGCCCCAUAAAUGCUCUGAGUGUGAAAAGAGCUUCAGUCGUAGCACACACCUGAAGAGGCAUCAAAGAAUUCACACAGGAGAGAAGCCAUAUGAAUGCUCAGAGUGUGGAAAGAGUUUCAGCGCUAGCAGUAUCCUUAAAUCGCAUCUAAGAAUCCACACAGGGGAGAAGCCCUAUAAAUGUUCUGAAUGCGGAAAUUGUUUUAGUGAGAGCUAUACACUUCGCGAGCAUAAAAGAAUCCAUACAGGGGAGAAGCCAUUUAAAUGCUCUGAGUGUGGAAAGACAUUCCGUCAUAAUACACUUUUUAAAAGACAUCAAAAAAUCCACACAGCUGAGGACCCAUAUAUAUGCUCUGAAUGUGGGAAGACUUUUAGUCACAGCGGAAACCUUAAAGCACAUCAAAAAAUUCACUCUGGAGAGAAGCCUUAUAAAUGCUCUGAGUGUGGAAAGAGUUUUACUGAUAACAGAAGCCUUAAAUCACAUGAAACAAUUCAUACUGGCAGGAAACCAUAUAUGUGUUCUGAGUGUGGAAAAACGUUUAGUCUCAGUAGAAGCCUUAAAAGACAUCAAAUAAUCCACACAGGAGAGAAGCCCUAUAAAUGUUCUGAGUGUGGAAAAGGUUUUGGUCUUAGUAGAAAUCUUAAAAGACAUCUAAUGAAUCACACUGGGGAGAAGCCCUAUAAAUGUUUGGAGUGCGGACGUAGUUUUAUUGAGAGCUACACACUUCGUGAGCAUCAAAAAAUUCAUACAGGAGAGAAGCCUUAUAAAUGCACUGAGUGCGGAAAGAGCUUCAGUCGUAGAACACACUUGCAAACACAUCAAAGAAUUCAUACAGGCAUGAAGCCCUAUCAAUGCUCUGAUUGUGGAAAGAGCUUCAGUCGGAGUGCACACCUGAAGAGACAUCAAAGAAUUCACACAGGUGAGAAGCCCUAUACAUGCUCGGAAUGUGGAAAGGGUUUCAAUGCUAGCAGUAACUUUAAAGCACAUCAAAGAAUUCACAGUGGGGAGAAACCUUAUAAAUGUGCUGAGUGUGGAAAGAGUUUCAGUAUUCGCAGAACACUUGUAGAACAUCAAAGAAUACACACAAGUGAGAAACCCUAGAAUGCUGAAGAGUGGAAUGAGCUUUUGUCAAAGUACAAAUCUUAGAUCACAUCAAAGAAUACACUCAGAAGAAUUCUGUAAAUCCUAGUAAUAACUGGAAUGUCGGAGGUCAAAUGGAGCAUGGCUGUUCGUUUUAAAAGAUUCAAAUCCAGGAAGAAGCAUAUCAAUAAUUGGAGAGUUUGUUUGACUAAUCAUAUCUUAGUUGUGAUUCAGUGCUCGAUAUAUGGUGGCCACUUCCAUUGCCAUGGCUGAGUUCAGUUGGGAGGCAAAUCUUACGAAGCGUCCAAGUAGCCUUAUGUUUAGGCACCGAUGUGGUCACUUGUCAUGAACAAAUGUUGCCUCCCUGUAUGUAUGUGCACCCACAUAGCCAGUACACAGGCAUCUGUCCUCAUGGCUAUGUGCUCAGAGGGCAUAUUGUGAGCAAGGGGACUCUGUAUUUCAGACGAAUUGUACCAUGGGUUUGUAGCUUGAAAUGCAGCAUUAGGUGUAUUAUUAUUAUUAUUAUUAUUAUUAUUAUUAUUAUUAUUAUUAUUAUCAUCUCCCCGUGUUGACAGCUUGGUGCAGUUAUGUGUUUAGUUAAACUACACAUUGCUUUCUGUUUUGUCUGGUCCUUGUCAAAAAUCUAGUUUCCCAUUUAAAAGGAGCAGAAAGAGACUGCUGGGUGGCUGGACAGCAGCUUCUGCAUAUGACUCUGUCCCUUUUGUUUACUUUCCGUUAAUCCUGCAUUGUCCAUUUGACUAGU